GUAUCGGCAUGACUGGUGAACGCUGAGACCGUGGAGCUUUGUAUUGGAUUGCAGUGACUUUUCACAGGUGCCAGGCUUCACUCAUGCAGAUGACUAAGAUGGGGGGGCACACUUUGGACAAGCUGACAUGGACUUCGCUGUUUCAAUUAACUGGCUUGGUUCUGGUGCUGUGGGUGCCCGGGCCGGAGGGGAAGACGCUGGCAGGACGGUGCAGCCUGUUUGGGCGGGACCACGUCCACACCUUUGACGGGGUGCUGUACGAGUUUCCAGGGGACUGCAGCUACAUGCUGGCGGGCGACUGUCACCGUCGGUCCUUCUCACUGCUGGCUGACUUCAGACACGGGAAAAGGAAAGGUGUGACCGUGUACCUGGGGGAGUUCUUCGAGCUUCACCUGUCCGUGGAUGGCAGACUCACUCAGGGAGAGAACAGGCUCUCCUUGCCCUUCGCCUCCAGUACAAUAUUUGUUGGGACGGAGCUCGGCUCCUACAAGCUGUGGAGCGAGGAGUUUGGCUUUGAGGUGAAAAUCGACAGCAGCGGCAACAUCAAUCUAAUGCUGUCAAAACACCACUUCAACAAGACCUGCGGUUUGUGCGGCAACUUCAACAGGAUGCCUGAAGACGAUUACAUGGCACAGGAAGGUUUUUUGACAGAGAGCAGUUAUGAUUUUGCCAACUCCUGGGCCCUGCAUGGUGCAGGUGAGCCCUGCAAACGUGUGACUGCCCCCAGCCAGACCUGCAAUGCCUCCAGAGAAGUCACAGCAGACCUGAUGGCCAGGUGCGACUUUCUGCGCAGCUCCCCGUCUUUCCUGCGCUGCGCGCACCUGGUGGACCCCGAGGCCUUCGCAGGGCUGUGUGAGGAGGACGCCUGUCACUGCGGGGAGGACCAGGCCUGCCGCUGCCAGGCCUUCCUGGAGUAUGCCCGCUCCUGCGCCUCCCACGGCCUGCCCCUCCACGGCUGGCAGGCGGAGAGCCAGUGCUCUCCCAGGUGCCCAGUAGGAAUGCAGUACAGUGAGUGCACCAGCCCCUGCUCCACCACAUGUCAGAGCCUGAACAUCCAAGAGGUCUGUAAGGAGGAGUGUGUGGACGGCUGCAGCUGCCCAGUGGGGAAGGUUCUGGAAGAUGACCGCUGUGUGGAAGUGUCCCAGUGUUCCUGCAUGCACACAGGCAAACGCUACCCCCCUGGGUCCAGCAUACCCCAGGACUGCAACACAUGUGUGUGUCGGCACGGCUCGUGGGAGUGCACCAAUGAGGGCUGUCCAGGGGAGUGCUUUGUCACGGGACAGUCCCACUUCAAGACUUUCGACAACAAGUUUUUCACUUUCAGCGGGACCUGCCAGUAUCUGUUCGCAAAGGACUGCCAGGAAAACCUGUUUGCUGCAGCCAUCGAGACGGUGCAGUGUGCAGAUGAUCAGGACGCGGUCUGCACCCGCUCGGCCACACUACGCUUCCACCAGCUGGCCAACAUGACGGUCAAGCUCAAACAUGGCGGCGUCGUGGCGGUGGACGGCAUGGACAUCCAGAUGCCUCUGACUCAUGGACCCCUUCAUAUAAAGAGAACGGUCCUGUCCUCGGUGCGGCUGUCGUACACUGACAACUUCCAGCUGGACUGGGACGGGCGGGGCAAGGUCCUGCUGAAGCUCGGACCCGAGUUUGCAGGGAAGACAUGCGGCCUUUGUGGGAAUUACAACGGGAACCAGGGGGAUGAUUUCCUGACCGCCGCGGGGCUGGUGGAGACUCGGGUCGAGGGGUUCGGGAACUCGUGGAAGAUCAAUGGGGACUGUGACAACGUGAUCAGGCAGGACACCGACCCAUGCAUCCUCAACCCCAAGAGAGUGCGCUUUGCGGAGGAGUCGUGCUCGGUGAUGCUCUCCGUGCAGUUUGAGCCCUGUCACAACGAGGUGAACCCCGCGCCCUUCCUGAAGAACUGCCGCUACGACGUCUGCUCCUGCGCAGACGGACAAGAGUGCCUGUGCUCCGCCGUGGCCAGCUACGCGGCCGCCUGCGCGAGCAAAGGGGUGCUCGUUAACUGGAGGAGCCCCAAAUUCUGCGAGCUGAGCUGCCCUGAGGGCCAGGUGUAUGAGCAGUGUGGAAGCCCCUGCAACCAGCACUGCCGUUCGCUGUCCCUGCCGGACCCCGAGUGCCGGGACCUCUGCCUGGAGGGCUGCUACUGCCCCCGCGGGCUCUUCCUGUCCGAGAUGGGCGAAUGCGUGCCCCGGGCCGAGUGCUCGUGCUACUACGACGGGGAGAUCUACCAUCCCAACGACGUCUUCUCCGACCACCACACCAUCUGUUACUGUGAGAAUGGAGCGAUGCGAUGCAGCUCCAACGAGAUGCCGCCAACCAUGCUCUCCGACCUCUUCUUUGAAGGCCUCUCAUCUGCAAGGGCCCGUCGCUCGGUCUCCUGCCCUCCCCCUCUGCAGAAACUGGAGUGUAGAAGCCCCAGGGAUGAAGGCAUCGAGUGCGCCAAGACCUGUCAGAACUACGACCUGGAGUGUGUGAGCCAGAGCUGCAUCUCUGGCUGUGCCUGCCCCCCUGGAAUGGUCCAUCACCGGAAAGACUGCAUUGCCCCGGCUCAGUGUCCCUGUUUCCACAAUAACAAGGCUUAUGCUCCAGGGCAGAGUAUCACCAAGGACUGCAACACCUGCGUGUGUCGCAAUCGCAAGUGGGAGUGCACUAAGAAUGUGUGUGACGGGUCCUGCAAAACGGUUGGGGACAGUCAUUACAUCACCUUCGAUGGCCUCAAGUACUCCUUCCCCGGGCUCUGCCAGUAUGUGCUGGUACAGGAUUACUGCAAUGGUGACCAUGGAACAUUCCGGGUGCUGGUAGAGAACACCGCUUGUGGGGUGCUGGGUCACAAGUGUGCCAAGACCAUCACAGUGCUGUACCAUGGGGGGCUCAUCAGCAUGGAGCAGGGAGAGUUGAAGAUGAAGAAGCCUGUGCUUAGGGAGACAGAGGUGGAGAUUGUGCGGUCGGGCCUGUACUAUAUACUGCUGCUGGGCAAGGACAUUUCCAUUACCUGGGACCGGGGGACAAGGGUCAUCAUUCAGAUCAAGGGCCGCUACAGGGAUAAGGUCUGUGGUUUGUGCGGCAACUUUGAUCAGAAUCCGAACAACGAUCUUCUCAGCAGUAACAACCAGCUGGAGGUGGAUGCUGCAGACUUUGGGAACUCCUGGAAGGUGAACCCCAGUUGUGCAGACGCGGUGCAGCUGCCAUCUCAGUGCAGCGACGACAUCAUGAAGCUGGUGACUGUGGAGCAGUCCUGCCGUGUGCUCACCAGCGCCCUCUUCAGGGAGUGUAACAGCGUGGUGAACCCGGAGCCCUACUGGGAGAUCUGUACCCAAGACACCUGCUCCUGCCCAUCUGUUGGAGACUGUGUCUGCUUCUGUGAUGCCAUAGCAGCCUAUGCCCAUGAGUGUUCCAAGAGGGGGGUGGUGGUACACUGGAGAUCCAACGAUCUGUGCCCCAUGAGCUGCCAGGAUAUGAACAAGGCGGAGCCGGAAUUUGAGUGUGAGUGGAGGUACAAUGCCUGUGCCAGCGCCUGUCCCAUCACCUGUCAGCACCCAGAGCCCCUACAGUGUCCACAGGAGUGUGUGGAGGGCUGCCAUGCCAACUGCCCCCCAGGGAAGAUCCUCGAUGAGGUGUCAAUGCAGUGCGUGGACCCCACACAUUGUCAGGUGUGCAUGCAUGAGGGCCAGCGCGUUUCUCACGGCAAGAAGAUCAUCCUGGACCACAAUAAUCCAGAGCUCUGCCAAAUCUGUCAUUGUGAGGGUAACAAUUUGACCUGCGAGAGAUGUCCCUCAGAGGUUGGCACCACUCUUGCCCCCACCACUCUCUUCACCACCCCCACCCCACUGCCCUUCUCCACACCGGUGCCUGAGGACGCGUGUGACCGUGCCAUGGACCUGGCCUUCCUGGUGGACGGCUCCUCAGCGCUGACGGAGGAGGACUUUGAGGCGGUGAAGCUCUUCAUCCUGGGCGUGGUGGACCGCUUCCGCAUGGGCUCGGCGCACACGCGGGCCACCAUGCUGAUCUUCCACUCGGGUGUGAAGAGCUACGAGAUGCAGGUGCAGAAGUGGAUCUUCAAGAGGAUGGUGCGGGAGAUGAAGUACAGUGGCGGGGACGUGGCCUUCAUGGAUGAGGCCAUCAAGUACCUGGCCGUCUUCAUCUAUGACAAGGACAAGCGGGAGCACGCGGGCAGGGUGGCCAUCCUCCUCACCGCCAGCACCAACCCGCGGGUUAUGAAGACCACUCAGCGUCUGCUCAAGAAGAAGGACAUCACCACCCUCACCAUCGCCCUGGGGCCCGGUGUCAGCAUGGCCCAGAUCAAUGACAUCACCAAGGCCAACCCCAACAGUCGGGCGUACAUCCUCAGCAGCGUCGAGGAGCUGGACGUGAGGGCGGUGGAGGUGACAGACUACCUCUGCACCCUGGGCCUGGAGCCUGAAGUCCCCAAGCCCAAGAAAGUGAUUCCACCCAAAGCAACACCACCCGCUGUCACUGUGAGGACCACCACGGCUGGGCCGAACGUGGUCGUCACCCCGACGGAACAGAUUCUUAGACCCCCAGCUCCCACCACCUCUGCCGCUUCCACUGUUGGCUUCAUCUCCACCACCCCGUACUCCAAAUGGGCUAUCAAAGAUGUCACCUUCAUAGUUGAGGGCUCAGACGAAGUCGGGGAGGAGGACUUCAAUAAGACUAGGGAAUUCCUGGAGAAAGCCGUGUCUGAGCUGACAGUGAGCGAGGAGCACAUCUACAUCACCAUUAUCCAGUACUCGUACACCAUUACCGUGGAGUUCACUCAGAAAGAGGCCCAGAGCAGGAGCCUCAUGCUGGAGAAGAUCAGACAGAUCCACUGGCGGGGAGGAAACGCCACCAACACAGGCAAUGCUGUGCGGGCCACGUCCCAGACGAGCUCCACAGUCGUUCAGAGUCCUCAGGAGCAGAAGCCACAGCUAGUGUUCAUGGUGACCAGCAACCCACCCACAGACACAGUCCAAAGGCCACCAGAGACCUCCAACACUGUCAUCUACCCUAUCGCAGUUGGGCAAAAGAUUCGGGAGGUGGAUCUGGAAAUCCUUAGCUCCCCUCAGAAGCCCAUCAUGGUGGACAGUUACGACCACCUGGAUACUGUCGUCCAACAAGUUGUCAACAUCACCAAGUACACCAAAUCCAUCAUCAAGCCCAUCAGCCCCACUCUUCCCCCUCUACAGCCCACUCUGCCUCCCAGGAGCACACUGCCCCCUUCAGUCCCCUGUGACAAGCCCAUGGAUAUCAUCUUCCUGCUGAAGGAGAGUGUUGAAGAAGGGCCCAACCAAUUUGAAGACUUGAAGACCUUUGUCAAAGAGUUCAUCAACAGUGCUGACAUCGGUUCAAAGGGCACGCAGGUGUCGGUCAUCCAGUAUGGAAGCAGAAUCACAGAGGACGUGUCGUGGAGGGAUGAACAGACCAAGGACAACCUCAUCCACCUUGUAGACUCUAUACAACAGAGGACCUCCACACCCACCACACUUGGUGCUGCCCUGCGUUAUGCGGUGCAGAGCACCAUUUCCUCAGCCAACGGGGGGCGUCCAGGCGUGGCCAAGAUUGUGGUCAUGCUGGUGACAGACAGGUCUAAGGAUUCAGUGGAGGAGGCAGCCAAUGAAGCCCUAACUGCUGGUGUGUCAGUGUUCCCCAUUGGCAUCGGGUCUCAUUACGACAGGACCGAGCUGAGUGCGCUGGCGGGGCACGGCAUGCAGAAUAACGUCAUCCACCUGAACAGCGCGGAGGACCUGCAAGUGAUGGUGGCCCUGGGACACACCUUCAUCGACAAGCUCUGCCGGGCGGGUCCCCCUGGAGUGUGUGUGGACGACAAUGGCAAUCAGAGGAAGCCUGGUGAGACCUGGGUCCUGUCUGACCAGUGCCACAGCCUACUGUGCCACCCUAAUGGAGCGGUCACCAUCCAGAGCCACCGGGUCAACUGUGAGCACAUGGAGCGUCCGGCCUGCAAGAACAACCUGCGUAGCGUCAAAGUUCCUGAACCAUGCGGCUGCCGCUGGGCUUGCCCCUGCAUGUGCAUGGGAAGCUCAACCAAUCACGUUGUGACAUUCGACGGGCUGGCGCUGAAGCUGGACGGGUUCUGCUCGUACACUCUGCUGCGGGCCGAAGGGGCGGGAGGGGUGGAGGUGGUGCUGCACAGUGAACCCUGCCAGAACUCCCCAAAUCAGAUCUGCAUGAAGGCCAUGGAGGUGAAGGUCGGGGAGGUGUCCGUGGUGCUGAAGGAUGACAUGACGGUAACUAUCAACGGGAUCAAGAACCUCCCCCCUUUCAGGACCCACGGUGUGGAGGUAACUCAGUACGGAGCCGUGAUGCACCAGCUGAAGGUGGAGGAGCUGGGCUACGUUGUUGCCUUCACCCCCCAAAACAAUGAGUUCACCAUCCAGCUGAGUCCCACCAUGGUGUCCAACAGGACAUCCGGGCUCUGUGGUUACUGCGACCAGGACGAGCAGAACGACCUCGCCCUCCGCAACCACACCCUCACCUCGGACAGCGAGGCUUUCGUAAGGGAGUGGACGCUGCCGGAGGAGGGCGGGGCCCUGUGCCAGCCCAGGAAGAGCGAGGUGUGCGUCCACCCCGUCACGGACCGCUGCCAGAUCCUCAGGUCGUCCGUCUUCGCCCCCUGCCACGCCGCCGUGCCCCCGGAGCCCUUCUUCGCCCUGUGCCAGCAGAAUGGCUGCCACACGGGGGACAUCUGCGACCUGGUGUCCGCCUACAGCCGUCUCUGCCGCCUGCAGGGCGUCUGCGUCCACUGGAGGAGCCCGGACUUCUGCCCUAUGCCCUGCCCCAGCUCCAUGGUGUUCGACAGCUGCCGCACAGGCUGUGUGGAGGAAUGCGGCAGCAGCAGAGCGUCCCCCGGUGAUGACGUCGCCCGCGGCGAUGGUGCCCCCGGUGGCAGCGGCCCGCUGUGCAUGGACACACCCACAGAGGGCUGCUUCUGCCCCCCUGGGCAGGUGUUACACUCUGGGGUCUGUGUGAGUCCGGAUGCCUGCUCCCAGUGCCUGGAUCAGCACGGGAAGGCAUACCAGUACCUGGAGACUUGGGUCCCACAGGAAAACCCCUGCCAAAUUUGCAUGUGUCUGUACAAUCAGCAUGUCAACUGCUCUGCCCGACCCUGCACUGGCAAAAAGGCCCCUGAGUGUGGUCCCUGUGAGGUCCUGAGGGAGAAGAGGGACUCCCAGUGCUGUCCUGAGUACGAGUGUGUGUGCGACCUGGUGACCUGCAACCUCCCUGACGUCCCUCACUGUGAGGACGGGCUCACAGUGGUCCUUACCAACCCAGGAGAGUGCAGACCCGUCUAUGAGUGUGCCUGUAAAAGAGAGGAAUGUCCCCUGCAAUCCCAGCAUUCCUGCCCUCCUCACCGCCGCCUGGCUGUGAAACACACACAGUGCUGCGACGCUUACGACUGCGUGUGUGACUGCCAGAACACCACCCGCGCCUGCCCGCCGGGGUACCUCACCUCCUCCACCACCAACGACUGCGGCUGCACAGACGUCACCUGCCAUCCAGACAAGGUGUGCGUGGUCUCAGGUGUGGUUUACCAGGUGGGCAGUGAGUGGGAGGAGUCCUGUAAGACCUGCACCUGCACCGAACACCAGGAUGGAGCCACGGGGCUGCACAUUGUGCAGUGUGUGGAUAAGGUCUGCAACCAGAUGUGCCCUGCGGGUUCCACUUACACCCGCACGGAGGGCGAGUGCUGUGGAAAGUGCCGGAAGUCCAGCUGCACGGAACACGAUGACAGCGGCCCCAUGGGAGACAUGGCCCCCGGAGGACGUCUGCGGCUGGUAGGAGAGAGGUGGCGUUCACCUGGGAACAGGUGUGUGGUCAACGAGUGCGUCAAGGUGAACGAUGAGGUCUUUGUCUCGCAAUUCAACGUGUCCUGCCAUCAGCUGGACACUCCCUCUUGUCCCUUGGGCACCGAACUACACUGCAACACAGGAAAUGACUGCUGCCCCACCUGCCAGUGCGUCCCCCUGGAUGGGUGUGUGAUGAACCACACUGUCAUCGGGGCUGGGGAGAGGGUGAUGGUGGAUCUGUGCACACACUGUGAGUGCUCCAUGGAACAGGGGGCUAUGAGGAAGUAUCGGCUCUCCUGCAGGAAGAUCACCUGUACACCAUGCCCGGAGGGCUACACUCUGGAGACCAUCCCUGACUCAUGUUGUGGACGCUGUGUUGCCACGUCCUGCCGGAUCCGACGCCCAGACGGCCAGCUCAUCAACCUCCAGGCUAAUGAGACAAAGCAGGACGGCUGCACUUUCCACCACUGUAAGGUGAACAAAGACGGAGAUCUGGUCCUCGAGACGCAGGUCACCACCUGUCCACCUUUUGACAGAGCCAGCUGCCUGGAUGCAGGGGGGAAAGUCAGCCAAAUCGGGAACAGCUGCUGUGAGAUAUGUACGGAGCCAGAGUGUAAGAAAACCACUGGAGUGCUGAACUACAUCAAAGUGGACAAUUGCCAGUCAGAGCAGCAGCUGGAGCUGCAUUACUGUGAGGGCAAGUGCCGGAGCAAGUCAAUGUACUCUCUGGAGAAGAACGGGGUGGAGCGGCAGUGUGUGUGCUGCGCUGCCACGGCAACGUCUGCCCUCACUGUGCCCCUGCGCUGUGCCAACGGCACCCUGGUCCAGCACCAGGUCUUGACAGUCACCGCCUGUGACUGCCAAUCCCAGCACUGCGAGUGAGAGACAGAGAGAGAGAGAGAGAGAGAGAGAGAGAGAGAGAGAGAGAAUUAAUAAGGAGAGAGAGAGAAUUAAUAGAGAAAGAGAGUGAGUGAGUUGUGCUGGUUUUACUUUGCUCUGAUAGCCAUGUGAAAUUUGUAAAAUUCCCACAGUUCUUUGAGUGUAACCAUUCCAUACUUUUGUUAUUGUACAUAUCUUUUGUUUUCCAUGGUAAAAUAACAAUAAUCUAAUUGUUUCAGACCAUCUCACGCUACUGUCACGGCACUGAAAUUAUUUCAACCAAUGCUGCCUGCCCCCCAACCCCCCAUCCUCUUAAAAAACAGCUUCAAGCAAAAAAAAAUUAAGUUGCUUCAAUUUAAGCAAUCAAUUUCAUACCCUCACCUACUGCAACCUCAAGUCUCUACCUAUUGUGAUGUUUGUGCAAAUAAGACCGUUGUUCUUUCUAUGGUCUGCUUCCUAAAUAUUUCAACGGAUAUGUACCAAACAGUUUGAUCAGUUUAUUCCAUUAAA